AAGACGUAAGCGAAAGAAAAAAAAACUUGAGACCACAACGGGAGAAAUAAGGGAAAGCAUGUAAACCACAAAAUAUAGCAGUCACAAUUAAAUCUUAAUUCAUUUAAUUUAGUUUGUGAUUAAAUAUUUAUUUUGGAAUUUUAGUCGUCAACACAGCAACAGCCAGUGUAAAAACACUUCAUAUUAGCAGCUUUCAUUAAGUACAGUUAAAGGUGGACUUUGAAGCUUGAAUCAUAAAUUUUUGUCUGAUCGAAAUGUCUAGAAAUCAAAUUCUGAGCUGAAGUCAGUCGUGAUGUAUUGUGUGCGUUGAGCCGCUAGAGGGCGCUGUGUGAGCAGAGCUGCGCAUGCGCAGUGUGCCUCAUGUACUUCAUGUUGCUUCUGUUCCGCGUUUAAUCCGCUGCGAUGAGCUUUUAUUUACUGGGUAUUUCAAUAACAUGAGCAGCGUUUUUAAUGUAGACAGACUGAUUGUCUUUAUGUCAGUCCAGGAUGAGAGUGGCAGAUUAUCGACGCUUUGUUCAGCGCGCAGAAUUAAUAUGCAUCAAAUCAUAGCUUUUAUAAUCUCUCGAGGGAUUCUUCGACUGUAACUGUUAAGGUACUCUUUUUAUGAGGAACCAUAAACACUCAAAGUGUGCAACAGCAUUUAAUAAAGUCACCUAAAGAAUCAGAUCAGCAUGACCCUGGUGUUGACCCCUGCGGCUGUGUGCCAGUGCUUCACGCUCGUGUCGCUGUGCACGUCUAUCGCUGAUCCCAACUGGAUCCAGGUCCAGAACUGCUCUGAUUCGAGCAGCGGUCUCAUCUACGGUGUGGCCUUCACUCUACACGCAUAUCAGAAUCUGACAGACACAGGUCCGUUGGGUGGACUGCACGGAUGGGGAAUGUGGCUGCUGUACUCUCUAGCUGCUCUCUGCUACAGCGCCGUCCUGUUUUCCAGUUCCUCGUUCCUGCUGGAUUUCCUCGGAGCCGCUGUCACUCGCUCGAAGCUGGUGACGUCUCUGCACAUCUUGACAGCGUUCAUCGGCGUGAUGGUUGUGUGUGUGUGUGUGGCCUGUAUGAGUGUGAUUGAGCACAAUCUGCAGCGAGCGAAGAGUCAGACAGAGAGGCUCUGCAUGUCUGCAGGAGAAAGCUUCUACAUCGAGGUGUUGGGCCUGCUCUUCUCCCUCCUAGCGUGUGCUUUGGCCCUCAAGGGUCGUCCUGUACCCAUCAGGACCUGCGAGUACCUGAGCGUGGAUGGAGCGGACGGAGACACGGAGCCUUUGAUUGGUGGAGCUGAGAGAGAGGAGUAAACACACAGGGUUACACACUUCAUUUCUAACAUCUCAGAGCACGUACAGAAUCAGCUCCUUCUGGUUCAUUAUUGUGAAUCUGAAUUGAUCACAGUGUACAGGAUCUCAACUAACAGGGAACGUUCUAAAAAUGUUCCGUUGAGGUUCCUUCAAUGUCAUGAACAAGCGUUCCUCCAGGAACAUUCAUGGAAUGUUUGUUUUGUUGUUUACUAAUGUUCUCAAAACAAUAGCACAUAAACGUUAUUUAUACAUCAUCUUCUGAAAUGUUUAAGUUGGGUGUUUUCUUUUUAAAUGUUACUAAUUGUAUCAAAAACAUUCCGAGAACAUUCAAAAGUAACAUUCUCCUCAUUAUUAAACGGAAUGUUGUUUUUUAUGUUUGAAUGACCAAGAAAACUUUACAUUUUAAAUCUUCGGAAAUAACAUUUUCAUAACUUAAUUGCUACAUCAGCCAAAUGUAGUUUGGAUGUGUUUUUGUUAGCUGGGAUGUGGAAUUGACAGGAAUUGUUUAUUUAAUUACAUUACAAUUAAAAGUAAUUCAACAAAACAGUGAAAACAUGUUUUUUGUUAAACUAUGUCAUUCUUUCAGACUAAAUGUGACUAUUUGUUUGCUGAUAUGUGGAAUUAAUUUUUCAGAAUUGAUUUGAAAUUAUAUUUUGAAAGCA